AUGUGGUCUAUGCUGAGGAGCAAGAACGCCGUCUAUGCAGGGGAUGGUGCGAUGGAUCUUAGUUGGAGGAUGAGCUCCACUGUUUCUCGAUCGAGAUCAGUGAAGGAGGAGCUCCAACCAGAGGACCGUGUCAGCCAGGUAUCAUUCCAGCUUAUCAGGUCACUUGGCUCGCAAUGGCAUCCUCAUCUCAAUCGGAGAGUUGUAGAGUGGAGGACAGAGGGCGGUGUCAUCCCACGAGAGCAGCUGACUCAGCCGGAUACCCCAGCGAUGGAGAUGGAUCCGAUCAGUUCUUCAGGGUGGUGGUUCUUUUAG